CGCUGUAGUCCUCCGCGGCGGGGCGGCGCCGUCCCAGAGUGCCUCGCGGUGGAUGGCGAGGAGGAGGAGGAGGAGGAGUCCCCCUGCCGCCGGGAUGCCGCGCCGCCGGCUCGGCCGCUGAGCCCGAGCGGCCCGUGCCCCCGCCUCCCCCGCCCGGCCCGGCGCCGAGGAUGCUGCGCUGCAUGCCGCCGCUGUGGCGCUGCAACCGGCAGGUGGAGACGCUGGACCGGCGGCACUGCUCGCUGCAGGCCGUGCCCGACGACGUCUACCGCUACAGCCGCUCGCUGGAGGAGCUGCUUCUCGACGCCAACCAGCUCCGCGAGCUGCCCAAGCCUUUCUUCCGACUCCUGAACCUGCGCAGGCUGGGCCUGAGUGACAAUGAGAUCCAGCGCCUCCCUCCUGAGGUGGCCAAUUUCAUGCAGCUGGUGGAGCUGGACAUCUCCCGCAACGACAUUCCGGAGAUUCCCGAGAGCAUCAAGUUCUGCAAGUCCCUGGAGAUUGCAGACUUCAGUGGAAACCCCUUGUCCAGGCUCCCCGAGGGCUUCACCCAGCUGCGCAACCUGGGCCACCUGGCCUUGAACGACGUCUCCUUGCAGAGCCUGCCCAACGACAUUGGCAACUUGGCCAACCUGGUGACCUUGGAGCUCCGUGAGAAUCUGCUGAAGUGCCUCCCGGCUUCGCUCUCCUUCCUUGUCAAAUUAGAGCAGCUGGACCUUGGGGGCAACGAUCUGGAAGUGUUGCCAGACACCCUGGGCGCCCUGCCAAACCUGCGUGAGCUCUGGCUGGACAGGAACCAGCUCUCCUGCCUGCCCCCGGAGCUGGGCAAUCUGCGCCGGCUGGUCUGCCUGGACGUCUCCGAGAACAAGCUGGAGCAGCUGCCCGAUGAGAUCAGCGGGUUGGUGGUGCUGACGGACCUUCUUCUGUCGCAGAACCUGCUGGAGAUGAUUCCCGACGGCAUUGGCCAGCUGAAGCAGCUCUCCAUCCUGAAGGUGGACCAGAACCGUCUCACAGAGGUGACUGAAGCCAUCGGGGACUGUGCAAACCUGUCGGAGCUCAUCCUCACCGAGAACUUGCUACAGACCCUCCCCAGGUCUCUGGGGAAACUCACCAAGCUGACCAACCUCAAUGUGGACCGGAAUCGCCUGACGUUGCUUCCUGCAGAGAUUGGGGGCUGCAGCAGCCUGAAUGUGCUCUCCCUUCGAGACAACCGCCUGGAAUUGCUGCCCCCGGAGCUUGCGAGCACCACUGAGCUGCACGUCCUGGAUGUAGCAGGCAACCGGUUGCAGCACUUGCCCUUCACCCUGACCAACCUGCACCUGAAGGCCCUCUGGCUGGCGGAGAACCAGUCGCAGCCCAUGCUCAAGUUCCAGGCCGAGGAGGACGAGAAGACGGGAGAGAAAGUGCUCACCUGCUACCUGCUGCCCCAGCAGCCGUCCCCCAGCUCAGAGAACCUCCUGCAGAACAGCCUGGAUGAGAGCUGGGCGGAGGCCAAUCCCAACCGGGUCAGUGUGAUCCAGUUCCUGGAGGACCCUCAAAGGGAGGAGGAAGAGGAGGAGGAGGAAGCUGGUGCCGAGAAGAGGGGGCUGCAGCGCAGGGCCACUCCACACCCCAGCGAGUUGAAGUCCAUGAAGAAGGGGAUGGAAGUGCGACGCAGUGAGGCCUCCACGGCAGCUAGGCGGGACUCCGGUAACACUGAGGGCAAGAGGCUGAGUGCCGCCUCCAACCGCAGCGAAGACUCCCAUGUCUCUGGCAGCACCCUCUCUGCCGGCGACGGACCAGAGGAGGGGAGAGAGGCAACACAGCCAGAGGCGGGCAUGGCAGAGGCUCAGCCGGAGGGAGAAGGGAAGCUGGCAGCUGAGGAGAGAGGCCAGGCGCCACCAGAGGAAAGGCCCACGCCGGAGGAGACGGGAGAGGACCAGGAAGAGGAGCUGGAGUACUCCGAGCCCACGGUGCAUUUUGCGGAAGACACCUUGGUUCACAGUGAGGACGAGGAGGCCCCCCAGUUCCCUGCAGGGAAGCAGCGGCUCAUCCGCAAGGACACGCCCCAUUACAAGAAGCACUUCCGGAUUGCUCAGCUGCCCCGCCCGGAAGCAGUGGUGGCCCUCCUGCAGGGCUUCGGGGCCGGUGGGGGCCCCCAAGAGGUGGAAGAGGAGGAGGAGACUCCGGAGCAGGCAGGGUGGGGCCAGGAAGAGGUGGCCAGCGAGGGGGCAGCGGCCCCACCCUCAGUCAAGGGGGUGUCGUUUGAUCAAGCCAAUAAUCUGCUGAUUGAGCCCGCUCGCAUUGAGGAGGAAGAGUUGGCUCUGACGAUCAUGCGGCAGACGGGCGGCCUUGGCAUCAGCAUUGCAGGGGGCAAAGGCUCCACUCCCUACAAGGGCGACGAUGAGGGCAUCUUCAUCUCCCGUGUGUCGGAGGAGGGCCCGGCGGCACAGGCUGGGGUGCGCGUGGGGGACAAGCUCCUGGAGGUGAAUGGGGUGUCCCUGCACAGCGCUGAGCACCACGUGGCCGUGGAGGCCCUCCGGGGCUCGGGCAGCAGUGUCUCCAUGACCGUGCUACGGGAGCGGAUGGUGGAACCCGAGAACGCCGUCACGGUGACGCCGCUGCGGCCUGAAGAUGAUUACAGCCCACGGGAAUGGCGUGGAGGGCUGCACUUGGCCACAGACGCCACCCCAGCCGAGCGGCUCUCAGCCUGCUUGGUGCGGAACGAGCGGGGCCUGGGCUUCAGCAUCGCCGGGGGCAAGGGCUCCACCCCAUACCGGCCAGGGGACACGGGCAUCUUCAUCUCCCGGAUCGCAGACGGGGGGGCUGCCCACCGGGAAGGGACGCUGCAAGUGGGCGACAGGGUCAUCUUGAUCAAUGGGGUGGACAUGACAGAAGCCCGGCACGAUCAGGCUGUAGCGCUGCUGACCGCCUCCCCACCCACCAUUGCUCUGCUGGUGGAAAGAGAGGUGGCCCCCCAAGAGAAGGACCUCCCUGUGGGGCCAUGUGGGGCCCGGCCCCCCUCGCCACCCCCUCUGCCCCCGCAAGGAGAGAUCACGCUGGAGGAAGCAGCAGCAUGCCCCCCCAGGAGCCAGCUGCCCAAAGACACGGAGAGCCAGUACCCCACUGAGGAGAUCUGCCUGGUCAAGGCUGGGGGGCCCCUUGGCCUUAGCAUCGUGGGAGGCAGUGACCACUCCAGCCACCCCUUUGGCAUCCACGAGCCAGGAGUCUUCAUUUCCAAGGUCAUCCCGCGUGGCCUGGCCUCCCGCAGCGGCCUGCGUGUGGGGGACCGGAUCCUGGCGGUGAACGGCCUCGAUCUGCGCCAGGCGACCCAUCAGGAAGCGGUCAGCGCUCUGCUCUCCAGCACCCCAGAGCUGCAGAUGGUGGUCAGGCGAGACCCUCCCCCGCCCGGAAUGGAGGAGAUCUCCAUUGAAAAGCGGCCUGGAGAGAAACUGGGCAUCAGCAUCCGAGGCGGCGCCAAGGGCCACGCGGGGAACCCCUUCGACCCCACCGACGAGGGGAUCUUCAUCUCCAAGGUCAGCUCCACUGGGGCAGCGGCCCGCGAUGGCCGGCUGAGGAUGGGGCUGCGCAUCCUGGAGGUCAACCAGCAGAGCCUUCUGGGCAUGACCCACGCGGAGGCGGUCCAGGUCCUGCGUGCCGUGGGGGACCGGCUGCUGGUGCUCGUUUGCGAGGGCUUUGACCCCAAGGCCGUGGCUGUCCUUGAGAUGUCUCCCGGAGUCAUCGCCAACCCUUUUGCGGCCGGCAUCGGGCGCAAGAACAGCUUGGAGAGCAUCUCGUCCGUUGACCGGGACCUCAGCCCAGAGGAGGCGGACCUUCUUCAGAAGGACAGGGGCAGCGCAGAGAUCCUGCAGCUGGAUUACCGCACCCUGGCAGCCCUGCCCAGCAGCAGCGGCCGUCUCCAGAAAGGCCCCGUUGGCGGUCUGGCAGUGGGGGAAGCCGAGUCCGGCCGGCGAGAGCCUCCCAGCAGCCAACAGUGCUCGGCCCUGUCCCGGCCUUUCUGCCUGGUGGGCAAAGAGACACGUUUUACCAAGCCCGGGAGAAUUCAGCCAGUCUCUCGCCUGCGCCUGACCUCAGCCCUGAGCCCCGCGGAGGGCCAAGACAAUCCCAGCCCUAUCCAGCAGCCUGAGCUGACCUCUGGCCCCAACGGUCUGCCUCGGCAGUCCAGACCCCUCUCGCCGAGGGAGGACCUCCCUGUCAGUGCCAAGCAGGCCUACAGGGCCUUGGCCGCCCUCCCGGGAUUGCAGCUGCCCUUGGAGCUGGAGGAGCUGCCGGGACAGAGGAGCCUUGAGCAGGCACUGCCCGUCUCUUCCGAGACCCCAUGGCCAGGUGGCCCGCACAGCCCGGAGCAGCGGACCUUCCGCGAGAGGCAGAAGUACUUCGAGCUGGAGCUGAAGCAGCAGCCACCGCCUGCCGAGAAACCCCUGAAGCGAGUCUCCCUGGUCGGGGAGGAAGACCUGAAGAAAAUGAAGGAGGAGGAAGCAGCUCGGAAACUGCAACAGAAGCGAGCCCAGCUGCUGGAGGAGGAGGAGGAAGAUGAAGAGGGGGAGGAGGUGGCACACGGCCAGCCCCCCCCAGGCAUGGGCGGCCCCUCCAGCAUCUUCAUCGAAGGCGUUGAGUACAGAGUUGAGAAGCAGAACGGGAACAAUCUCUCCCCCACCGCUUGGAUGAGUCCCGUCUGCGCCAGAGGGGGGGAGCCGGGGGUGCCGGUCCGGACAGCCAAAGCCGAACGGCGGCACCAGGAGCGCCUGCGGAUGCAGAGCCCGGAGCUGCUGGCCGCCCCAGAGAAGGAGCUCUCCCCGGCGGAGCGCCGAGCCCUGGAAGCGGAGAAGCGGGCCAUGUGGCGAGCAGCACGAAUGAAGUCCCUGGAGCAGGAUGCCCUCAAGGCCCAGAUGGUGAUUGCCAGGUCCAGGGAGAACAAGAAGCGGGGCACGCUGGAGCAGCUGGCAGAGUCGCCCUCCCCGGCCCCCACGCCCUCCCCCACGCCCUUGGAGGACGGCGCUUCCUGGGUCGCAGUUUCGCCAGGCCGGCUGUCUCUGCCUGAAAAGAAGUUCCUCUACAGGGAAUUUGCGGCCAUUCCUUCUUCCAAACCUGUAUAUGACAUCCAGAUGCUGAAUGGAGUGCCAGUGAUGCCAGCCCCUUUCCUCCCUGCUGAUUUGAGGGGGGGCUGGAUGGCACGCCGCCCCUGGAUGGGAGGAAGUGCCCCAAGUUACUCCGGAUGGGCGAGAGUCCUGCAAGCGCUUUGGCAGCCUCGACAGCAGCUCAGGGCGCCAGGAGCACGGUGGGACCCCGGAGCCCUUGAUGACCCACGGCCCCUCUGCGAGCCAGGAGCUGGGGCUGUUUGGUGACGAGCGCAACCUCCAGCAGGCCCAACACAGCUUAGAAGCCGCGGUCCCGACAUAACACUCCAGUCCUUGGAGACUGUAUGGACACAGCCAGGCCAAGGGGAUGAUGGAGUGGGGUGUGAGGCCGCUGGCCGCCUUGAUGGACCGUGGGGCUGUGGACCUGCUUGCAAUGCACUGGGGCAGGUCGUGACAAAUCGGAGAUGGAGCAUUGGGGGUGAGGGGAACCGAUGGGAUGUGAGGUCUGUAAAUAGCGGGUGGGUGGAGGACGGCCACGAAACUGUUUCCAUUCGGCAUCAGCCGUGGUCGCCGGAGACCUGCCGGGCGUAACCAACCAGCAGUGGGGCCCCCGUGCCUAUCCCCCACCUUGGGACCCCAGCAGCACCUGCUGGUGAAGUGGGGCAACGUUUGGGCGCCGCCCUGCCAGGCAGAGUAGAGAAGGUGAAGCCGAGUGGGGCGGGCUAGUGGCAUUAGGCGUGGCAAAGCAGAGCUUGGGGGUUGGAAUAAUGGGGGGGGGGCUUCCAGGGGAGUCCCAGGAUUGCGAUUGUGGCAAUCGGUGGUUCACGGCCUGGCUGGUGGAGCUGGGGAUGGGGUGAGGGGCAAUGCUGGCCCUCACCGGGCAGGCUGCCAGGUGCCCACAGGACGGGGCAUCGCUCCGGCCAGCUCUCUAGGGAGGCUCAUUUUAACAGGAGUGCCCAUGCUUGGUUUUGGGAAGGUAGCGGGGGGGGGGCUGUGUCUUUUUCUCCAGCUAUGAAGGCGGCUUCUCCUCCGAGGUCCCCCCCUCCUUAGAGCUUCUUGUUUUUAAACUAAUUUUAGCAUUUGCUUUUAAUGAGCAGCUGGGGAGUGAUCAGGCAGGGUUUCCGUGGCUAACUAACUUAUAGGUGCUGGGCUGUGAUCCAUCUCUCCUCCCCCCUCCCCCAGGGGAGUCCGGGGGAGAUCAAGACUGUAACUAGUGACAUUUGUACAACCAAAGAAGUCUAUUUUGUGGUUCAAUGAUAAUAAAGUUUAGUUUACCUUUUAGA